UGAUUUGGGAAAAAGCAGUGAACCGUAAAGAAAUAUCAUGACAAUCCUUUCGAAACUACCUAAAGGUUAUGUUGUAAAGUAAACUAUUUUCUAUCAAGUUUACGUGAUUUCGAACGAAUUUAUUGUCUGUAACAGACUCAGAGAAAUGGCAUAUUUAACGAAAAAAGAAAUAGAUGAAAUGAAACCGCAAAUUGAAAAAGCGGUUCACAAGUUUCUUGGUUUUGGGGAACCUGCUAUUGUUACCACGGCUGUCAAUUGCAUUACUUCUGGGUACGAUAAACGUAAAACUGCAGAUAAGCUGUCUGCUUUAUUGGAAGACAAAAAGGCUUCAAAACUAACAGAAAAAAUAUUUGCAAUCUACGAUGAUGCUAAAGCAGCGCAAAAAAGUAAGAAGCGGAGUCACAUGGAGGACAAAGAUAAAGACAAAGAUGCGAAGAAACCCAGAUUUAAAGACGAUGAAGUAAAAAAUGAAAAAACAACGGAAGCGCAACUAUCUGCAGACAAGAUACGACAAAUGAUGGCUAAUGCCCAAAGAGAAAUUGAAGAAAGGAAAAGGGCACUAAAAGCUAUAAAACAGGAAGAAGUGCAACCGGCGAAACCAUUGCUUAAAUCGCGGGAUUCGUUGCCUACGGUCGGGAGCAUGUAUAAUCAGGGUUUAUUGAGUAAAACGGAUUCCGAUAAAGCACGAAAGAUUGCUGCUUUGCAAGCUCAAAUCAGAAGUAAAUUAAGCUCAGGGCUACUAGGGAAUGUCAGUGUACCUGACAAACCAACUCCAUUAAUUUUGGAUGAAUCCGGUAGAACGGUAGAUAUAACUGGUAAAGAGGUACAACUUACCCAAGUAGUGCCAACAUUGAAAGCCAAUAUCCGAGCGAAAAAACGGGAGGAGUUUAAAGCACAGUUGCAAGAAUCCAAGGGUCCGGAAGAAAUUCAGGACACACACUUUUUCGAUACUAGGAUAGGUGUAAAGCCGGCGGUCCGUGGUAAACGCACAUUAAAGUUCCACGAGCCGGGGAAGUUUCAGCAGUUGGCUGAAAGAAUUCGCAUGAAAGCUCAGUUAGAAAAAUUACAAAAUGAAAUUAGUCAAAUUGCUAGAAAAACUGGGAUAAGUUCGGCAACUAAACUAGCGCUCAUAGCACCUAAAACCGAAGCUCUCAGCGAAGAUGUGCCUAAUGUAGAGUGGUGGGACUCCGUUAUACUAACAGGGGGAUACCCGAACGAGGAUGAGCUUACAAUGAUAAAAAAUUCUACCAUCACUAAUCUCGUGGAACAUCCCACGCAGAUGCGUCCACCAACCGAUCCGUUAAAGCCGAUAUAUAUGCCCGUAUUUCUGACGAAAAAGGAACGCAAAAAAUUACGCAGACAAAACAGACGGGAGGCAUGGAAAGAAGAGCAAGAAAAAAUUCGAUUAGGCCUCGAACCGCCGCCGGAACCGAAAUUGCGAAUUUCGAAUCUUAUGAGAGUGUUAGGUACAGAAGCCGUCCAAGACCCUACGAAAAUAGAAGCCCACGUGCGACAACAAAUGGCUAAAAGGUUAAAGGCACACGAAGACGCUAACGCAGCUAGACGUCUCACAGCAGAUCAGAGGCGGGAGAAAAAGGCGAGGAAACUUAAGGAAGACACUACUCUGGGAGUACAUGUGUCCGUUUAUAGAAUACGCGAUCUCCUAAAUAAUGCUUCGAAGAAGUUUAAAGUGGAAACAAACGCAAAGCAACUUUACCUCACGGGCUGCGUGAUGCUCUUUCGCGAUUGCAACGUGGUUGUAGUAGAGGGGGGAGCAAAACAAUUGAGUAAAUAUAAGAGAUUAAUGAUGCAUCGCAUUAAAUGGGAGGAAGACAUUGUGAAAGACAACGACGGAAACGACGUGCCGAACAAAUGUGUUCCUGUGUGGGAGGGUACUAGCAAACAACGUCAUUUCGGAGAAAUCAAAUUCAAAGUUUGCCCAAUCGAGAAAAUGGCGCGAGAGCACUUCAAGAAGCACCAGGUUGAACACUACUGGGACUUAGCUUACAGCGGAGCCGUUCUCGAUAAUACGGACGAUAUUCGCUCGUAGAACAGAAUUGUAUAAUUUAAGCAAUAAAUAUAUUCGUGCUGAUAUAAACGCGAUUAUAGAUAAUUUUAAUACAAUUUAAAUAAGUACUAUGGAAAAAGAGAACCAGUGGAAGAUAAAAGAUGUAAACGAU